GGAGACUCAGCUGGCGCACGCGCAUUACGCGGAGGCCCCUGGGGCUUGUUAUGCGGGACCCGAGCAGUCUGCAGCACAGCCACCAGCACAGCACAGCGAAAUUAAGCAACUUGAUUCAAAUCAUGUGGAGCGGGGAUUCAAACCCAAGUGCGGCCACAUGAGCUCUCUGGUCUCAACACCAUACAGUGGUGGCUACUUCGUCGCCUGCAUGACUUAACUAGGCAAGAGUUCCAACUUUAAACAUUUGUAGACACAAGUCUUACACACCAGGAUUCCUAGACUCCAUACAUAUACUGCCAAUAUAAAGACCCUUAGUACACACAUUUUUGUGUUCCCGAAAGGCUUCCGUGGCUUUCAAGAUGAAUUACUUUCAGGCCACAUGUUUUUAUAAAUCUGUGGUUGCUACCUAUGCGAAAGUAAUACCAAAUCAUAAAUUAGUUCAAGAAUCUUCAAUUUUGUGAGGAGCAAUGAACAUUUGUGUACUAAGUGUCUAAGCAGUAGUCAUCGAUGCAGCUGAUCUUCCCUAUUUAUUGUCAUUGAAAGUGAUACAAAACCUACCUACUGAAGCAUUUCUCCCCCUUGAACUUAAGGAAGGGUGUCACCCUGGAGAUAAGCAUUCGGAUAAUGUGUGGGCCAAGUCCUCACACUUGGUAAAAGAACCUUAGUCAUUGCUGAAGAGUAAUGUAAGUAAGGUUAUUACCUACUUGGAAGCAAAUAAUAAAAUAGAGGACAGUGUAUCUGCUUCAUUUGAUUAGCACAUGGAUCCUGAAAUGUCUGUACAAGACCCUGAAGAGAAAAAAUACACUCCUGUCUGUGUUGGCAAAGAAAAUGACAUUAAAAAAUCUGAACGAAUGACAGCUGUUGUCCACGAUAGAGAAGUGGUCAUUUUCUAUCAUAAAGGGGAAUACCAUGCUAUGGAUAUUCGCUGCUACCAUUCAGGAGGACCCUUACAUUUGGGAGAAAUAGAGGAUUUCAAUGGACAAUCAUGUAUAGUUUGCCCCUGGCAUAAAUACAAAAUUACUUUGGCAACAGGAGAAGGAUUAUACCAAUCUAUAAACCCUAAAGAUCCGUCAGCAAAACCCAAAUGGUGCUCCAAAGGAAUAAAGCAAAGGAUUCAUACAGUGACAGUGGAUAAUGGGAAUAUUUAUGUGACUCUUUCUAAGGAACCUUUUAAAUGUGACUCUGAUUAUUAUGCAACUGGAGACUUCAAAGUAAUUCAAAGUUCUUCCUGAUAAAAAUAUAUGAUAAUGAAAAUGUAUAUGUUUGAAAAUAUUUUUAAUUUGCUUCAGUGCCAAAAAUGAAUUAUUUUCCAACGUAGGUAUGUAUUGUAUAUCUUUAAAAAUCAUAGGUUUGGGAGGCUUAAAAGCACAUUUACUGCUGGGCAUGGUGGUGCACGCCUUUAAUCCCAGCACUCAGGAGGCAGAGGCAGGAGGAUCUCUGUGAGUUCAAG